GAGGGAGGGGAGGAGGGAGGGGAGGAGGGAGGGGGAGAGAGGGAGGGAGCCGAGGAAGACGCUCCGAUAACCCGUGCGUUUCGUAAGGCUCCGAGCACUUGUACAUUUCUGCAGGCGCGCGGCGAGCCAUUCGCGGCGGCUGCUGCAGCUCCGACUGCAUCUUCCUCCUCCUCCUUCCCCCGGGCUCCGGGUGUGUGUAUGUGUGAGUGAGUGAGUGUGUGUGUGUGCGUGAGUGUGUGUGUGUGCUUUGCAGGUGUGUCCGUUUUAAUUCUGCCCAGUAGGUGGGACUUGGUGACUUUAGCACCAUAUUUUCCUUUUCCCUUUUUUUUUUUCUUUUUCUUUUUUGCCUCCCCACCGUCUGUUGCAACCCUGCAAAGUCUCGGAGUCGGAGAGCGCGGCUCGCUUCCCGAGCCUCCGGACCCGGCGAGCCGGCGAGCGCCGAGCCGGCCACCAUGCCAGGCAAACCGCGCCACUAGGCGCUCCCCGCGGCUCCCACCCGGCGGCGGCGGCGGCGGCGGCGGCGGCGGCAGCGGCGGCGGCGGCGGCGGCGGCCGCGAUGGUUUCAGACGCUGAAGGAUUUUGCAUCUGAUCGCACGGCGUUUCAAAGGCAGAGGCCCCCCCUCCCCCUUCCCCCCUCCCUCGCCGUCUUUGUUUCCUUCCCCCCCAGCUCUCCCCACUCCCCCCACCCCACCCCCCUCUCCUCUCCUCCUCCUCUUUUUUAGAAGCCGCGAUCGGAGAUGGAUGUCUCUCUUUGCCCAGCCAAGUGUAGUUUCUGGCGGAUUUUCUUGCUGGGAAGCGUCUGGCUGGACUAUGUGGGCUCCGUGCUGGCUUGCCCUGCAAAUUGUGUCUGCAGCAAGACUGAGAUCAAUUGCCGGCGGCCGGACGAUGGGAACCUCUUCCCCCUCCUGGAGGGGCAGGAUUCAGGGAACAGCAAUGGGAACGCCAGCAUCAACAUCACGGACAUCUCAAGGAAUAUCACUUCCAUACACAUAGAGAACUGGCGAGGUUUGCACACGCUGAAUGCCGUGGACAUGGAGCUCUACACCGGCCUCCAAAAGCUGACCAUCAAGAACUCAGGACUUCGGAGCAUCCAGCCCAGGGCCUUUGCCAAGAACCCCCACUUGCGCUACAUAAACCUGUCGAGUAACCGGCUCACCACACUCUCAUGGCAGCUCUUCCAGACGCUGAGUCUUCGGGAAUUGAGACUGGAGCAGAACUUCUUCAACUGUAGCUGUGACAUCCGCUGGAUGCAGCUGUGGCAGGAGCAGGGGGAGGCCAAGCUCAACAGCCAGCACCUCUACUGCAUCGGUGCCGACGGCUCCCAGCUGCCCCUGUUCCGCAUGAACAUCAGCCAGUGCGACCUUCCUGAGAUCAGUGUGAGCCACGUGAACCUGACCGUUCGAGAGGGUGACAACGCUGUCAUCACGUGCAAUGGCUCUGGGUCCCCUCUGCCCGACGUAGACUGGAUAGUCACGGGCCUGCAGUCCAUCAACACCCACCAGACAAAUCUGAACUGGACCAAUGUACACGCCAUCAACCUGACCCUGGUCAAUGUGACAAGCGAGGACAAUGGCUUCACCCUGACAUGCAUCGCGGAGAAUGUGGUGGGCAUGAGCAAUGCCAGUGUGGCCCUCACCGUGCACUACCCCCCACGCGUGGUGAGCCUGGAGGAGCCCGAGCUGCGUCUGGAGCACUGCAUCGAGUUCGUGGUGCGGGGCAACCCGCCGCCCACGCUGCACUGGCUGCACAAUGGGCAGCCGCUGCGGGAGUCCAAGAUCACGCAUGUGGAGUAUUACCAGGAGGGCGAGGUGUCCGAGGGCUGCCUGCUCUUCAACAAGCCCACGCACUACAACAACGGCAACUAUACCCUCAUCGCCAAAAACCCACUGGGCACGGCCAACCAGACCAUCAACGGCCACUUCCUCAAGGAGCCCUUCCCAGAGAGCACGGAUAACUUUGUUUCCAUCUACGACGUGAGCCCCACACCCAUCACGGUGACCCACAAACCGGAGGAAGAUACUUUUGGGGUGUCCAUCGCCGUGGGACUUGCUGCUUUUGCCUGCGUCCUGUUGGUGGUUCUCUUCAUCAUGAUCAACAAGUAUGGUCGGCGGUCCAAAUUUGGAAUGAAGGGGCCUGUGGCUGUCAUCAGUGGCGAGGAGGACUCAGCCAGCCCGCUGCACCACAUCAACCAUGGCAUCACCACGCCCUCCUCGUUGGACGCCGGGCCGGACACGGUGGUCAUCGGCAUGACCCGUAUCCCGGUCAUUGAGAAUCCCCAGUACUUCCGUCAGGGACACAACUGCCACAAGCCAGACACGUAUGUGCAGCACAUUAAGAGAAGGGACAUCGUGCUGAAGCGGGAACUGGGCGAGGGAGCCUUUGGGAAGGUCUUCCUUGCCGAGUGCUACAACCUCAGCCCGACCAAGGACAAGAUGCUCGUGGCUGUGAAGGCUCUGAAGGAUCCCACCCUGGCUGCCCGGAAGGAUUUCCAGAGGGAGGCUGAGCUGCUCACCAACCUGCAGCACGAACACAUUGUCAAGUUCUAUGGGGUGUGUGGUGAUGGAGACCCGCUCAUCAUGGUCUUUGAGUACAUGAAGCAUGGAGACCUGAACAAGUUCCUUAGGGCCCAUGGGCCAGAUGCUAUGAUCCUUGUGGAUGGGCAGCCACGUCAGGCAAAAGGUGAGCUGGGGCUCUCCCAAAUGCUCCACAUCGCCAGUCAGAUCGCCUCAGGCAUGGUGUACCUGGCCUCCCAGCACUUCGUACACCGGGACCUGGCCACCAGGAACUGCCUGGUUGGAGCCAAUCUGCUGGUGAAGAUCGGGGACUUCGGCAUGUCCAGAGAUGUCUACAGCACUGAUUACUACAGGGAAGGGCCAUGCCAGAAGGGCCCGAUCAGCGUGUCAUGGCAGCGCCAGAGGCUAGCAGCGCCAGCAGCUUCCACACUCUUUAAUCCAUCUGGAAAUGAUUUUUGUAUAUGGUGUGAGGUGGGAGGACACACCAUGCUUCCCAUUCGCUGGAUGCCCCCUGAAAGCAUCAUGUACCGGAAGUUCACUACGGAGAGUGACGUGUGGAGCUUCGGGGUGAUCCUUUGGGAGAUCUUCACCUACGGAAAGCAGCCAUGGUUCCAGCUCUCGAACACAGAGGUCAUCGAGUGCAUCACCCAAGGUCGUGUGCUGGAGCGGCCCCGGGUCUGCCCCAAAGAGGUGUAUGACGUCAUGCUGGGGUGCUGGCAGAGGGAGCCCCAGCAGCGGCUGAACAUCAAGGAGAUCUACAAAGUCCUCCACGCUUUGGGGAAGGCCGCCCCCAUCUACCUGGACAUCCUUGGCUAGCGGCAGCUGGUGGUCACGGACGUGUACUCUGUGGCCUCCGUCUCCCGGCCUCACAUCACCCCUCGUCCACCUCACACUCCUUUCUUCCAUCCUGACCGAAGCGAACAUCUUCAUAUAAACUCAAGUGCCUGCUACACAUACAACACUGAAAAAAAAAAAAAAAAGUGAAAGAAAAAACCUGUAAGGCAGUUUGGCAAAUAUAUAUAUACAUAUAUAUAUAUAUAUAUUUAUAUAUCUAACUAUCUAUCUAUAUCCACAGAGAGAUACCUUCUCUAAUAGAGAGAGAAACUGCUGAUACAGAAAUCAUAAGACUGUAACGACAACUCAGAAAAAUCUUAAAUUUUACGAACACAAAUGGAAGUCCCCUUUGACGGAAGCUGGGGCCCUUGGUUCUGCAGCUCCAACUGUUUGGGGCCGGAGGCCUCGAUGCCGCAGAGAUGGUCUUUGCUGUGCUGGGACCAGAGGAGCGGGGAUGGAUCACAGCUGUGCAGGUGGUGACCCGCGCAGGUGCGCUACCCCUCCCCCACCCCGAGGUCCGCACAGGUGCGUGGGUUGACCCCGACUGUGGCACUCGGGAUGCAGCAGGAAGUAACAUGGCCCCGGGGGCCUCUGGAAUGCCUCCCAUCUCCCCUGACUGUGGCUCCACGCCUUCCCCCUUUCCUCCGCUUCAAGACAAUUCUCCAAUUUGUCCAUUCUAGAAAGUAGAGUCCUGAUGCUUUUGGAAGUCAAUGAGGGCAUCUACCACUAAACACUGGACAACCAAUGAGCCCCCAAACCAUGGUGACCAUGGACCACCUCUGUCUUGAGCGUAAACCAUGCUCAAGUUCCUUCCUCCAUUGGAAAGAUGUGUCAUCUGUUCUCUGGACUUCAAGAACUGGACGUUCUGGACUUAACCACAGAAGAAAAAGCUGAAAUUUGAACCCUCCCUGUCAAGGCACUGCCUCCCAUCUUUUCCUCACUGGAAGACUCCUCGGUCCCACCUCCCACAUGCGGGCUUUUGGGGGAGUUUCAGGGCAUAGGGAACACGUCCCAUGCUGCCUUGAGUGUGGACACAGCAGGGUUCCAGCAGCAGGAGACUUGGUUCCUUGUAGGUCAUUGUAACGUGUGCCCCUCUGUGCCGUCUGUGUCUCAUCCUGCCUGCCUUCCAUCUCCAGCCCUACUUCCUGGGCUCCUUGCACGUCCCAGGGCCACCUCGCUGCCAGGGAAGAAAGCCAGGACUAGCGACAGCGUGGGGCAGUGCUCGUUCCCGAGAGCGAGGCCAUGGACUGGGCCGGAGCCGGCAGGGGAGAUGGCACCUGCACCGGCCCCUCGGCAUUCUCCUCACGUUUCCAGCCCCUGGAAGGAUUGAUGCAUCUGCCUUUGAGCUUGCUGUGAACGCUCAGGGGCUGAAAAAUCGCUUUUGUGGGCCGGGGCUGGGGGAGGGGCCGAGGCUUCUCCAGGAGGUGUCCCCUGCGCGGCCACGGCCGCGGGCUUGGCAUCUUAAUGAGGACAGAGCCCUGACCAGAGAGCGAGGAGGAGGCUUCUGGGCGGGGGUCCUGGCCGCUGCUGGCGAGGGCUGUAACAGGGGCAGAUCCCUGGGCCACCCGGACACCCGAGCACGAAAUGCCACUGGAGGGCAGAGCCUGGGCCCCCGGAGCCCUCCUGCUGGAGGGAGGACAGGCCCCUCUCAGCUCACUGGCCCCAGCCCCUCACCCCAAGCACAGAGCUACCUAUCAGACUGGCCUGUGGCCGGCCCUGCCAGCGUGAGGGGCUGUGGCUGGCCUGACUGGCCUGGUCAGCGGCAGCACAUUCAUCCCUGUGGGCUUCAGAACUAAAUCCUGCCUUUGUGGUUUUGCUUCCUUUUUCAAGUUUCUUUUUUUUUUUUAAAGACCCACAAAUGUUUUUAUUCAAACAGAAAAGAGCUGUGUUGGGACUGCCGGCCUCGGUUGGGGUCAGGGAUCAGGGAGGCCGCUCGAGCUGGGCUGGGAGGGCAUCCGGAGCUUGGCAUGGGGUUGGCCCCACGCCGGCCUCCCAGCCCUGAGGACUUUCGAGAAGAGCUCAGUGGGUCUUCCAUGUCAGAGGAAGCCUUUGCUGUCCUGUGGCCGUCAUCCCUCCUGUCUUUCUGCCUGGAGGCCCUGGGUCUCUUCCGGGGCUGUUAUUACAGGAUGAGCUACGUAUGGAAGUCUCGUGCUGAGCGGGGUUCCUGAGCCAAAGCUGCUCAUGGAGGGAGGGCUUUGGGGGGAAGGGUCUUCUGGUUAGAUGUGAGGCUUCAGGGCUCCUGUUGCUGCCAAAGCAGACCCUGGAGAGUCUCCCCAACACAGGCCCUGUGUGGCUUCAUCUCACGGUGUCUCUAGAACUCUCAUCACUGAUAGGUGGGUAAAGGGUUGGAAGCCGGGGGGCAGCUGGGCAUGAGGAAGGCCAGGCGGCUUCCAACGAGGCUCUAAGGCAGCACGGCCUAAGGGGGAAGCUAGUUCCUUUGGGACUAAGGAGCUGUGAAGGAGACCGAAGUCAGACUGUACAGGCCCUUGUGCUGCCCAUGGGGACGCAGCAUCGUCACGUCCACCGUAAGCAUCUGCCUCUCCAGAAUGAUCACGGCCAAGCAAGGAGGAGCGGAGAGGGAGCACUGGCCUUCUUCCUCCCCGCUGUGCUCUCUGCGCACAGUCGACGUGUCAACAAGGCGGGUAUAAAAAGUGAAAAGGUUUUUGGAGGGAGAGAGAAGCAAAGAGUAGACGCUGUGGGCACUCCCUGGGGGCAAGCCGAGGAUGUUAUUCCUCCUGUGGGGGGAUGCGCCGCGGCUGGGGCUCCCUCUCCAGAGUCUCUGUCUCCUGUCUGUGAAACGAGAGGUUCUGUUCACCUCUGGGCCCUGCAGGGUCUGACAUGGUUCGAUUCUCCUGGCAGGGGCUCACUGUGCUGUGUGGUCCUGGGUAGCGCCCUGGAAGGCCAGGGGUGUCCUCCUCGGGGCUGGUGCCCCUGGAGGCUCAUGGGCCUGCACACGCGCGGGUCCCGUAGGACACUCUUCUCCUUCUUGGUGACUCUGUCACAGUGCAAAGUGUCUGAGGUGACUCUCGGCCCACAGAGCACAUCUGGUCUCAUCCCCCUCCCCACCCCCCCCACCUCUCACCGUCAGCCACCUUGCCCACCCAGAAAGUGCUGGCCCAGGCCUGCUUAUCUGUUUAUUUUCAAAGAGCUUCAUGUGGUUAAAUGAGUCUUAAAAUGACAUCCCACCAGCCAGUGUGGCCACCCCAGUCCACCCCGCUCUCGCCCCUCCCGCCAAAAUUCACCAUUUAACAAAACACGCUAGAGCAGCUCUCAGGGUGUGGCUGGAUGCGUACCCCUCCGUGACUUCUGCUGGAAACUCCAGCUCACCCAGGCUGACCUCCUGGCCAUGUCACCCUCACCUGAUCCCCUCCUGGACCGAGUGACAGUGGCCUGCUUGUAGAGGUCACUUGGAGUAGGGAGGCAUGGCCAAGGGUCUUCCCUGUUCUUGACUUUGGAUGUGAACCAGAUGCUGCCCUCUUAUCGUAUCCUUGGCUCCCAAGUGGGUCUUAAGACUCACUCAACCUUCUCUUCCUAACAGACGAAAGACUGUGUCCCUCCCCUCAGCAGACUUUGCCCAGAUCGUCCCUGGAGAGAGGCUUCCCACUGGAGGCUAAGGAGGCUUGGCCCUCCUGGCUUCAGGUUGAACCUCACCCUUCUUCUCUAGCAAUGCUUACUUUGUGGAACAUACUAGUGCAAAUAUUUUUGGUGCUAAAUACUAUAGAAAUCAACGCCCAUGGGAGAGCUGACAGCCAGCUCCUGAGACUGUGUAAGACUCCACUGAGAAGCGGAAGGGAGUCAGGUAUGCCCGGACCAUAGGGGACGCCCGGGAGCUUGGGUGGGAGCAUGCAAUGGCGUGGAGAGCCUGUUGGGCUUUGCUUUUGGUUUCCCAGGUGACGUUGGCCCAGUCUCCAAAUCUCUCAGAGUACCAGAUUUCUCACCCCAGACAUUUACAAGGUUAGAAUAGAUAUCCUUAGGGUCCCUCUCAGUUAAAAAGAAAAGAAAAGAAAAAAUCCUGGUCCCACCUGUUCUGUUUGUUUUGUUUACUUGCUUAUUAGAAAUAAGAGGGAAAAUGAAAGGCAGGUAAAGAAGGGGAGGAGGGAAAGUUACUGAGGAUGAGAAAUUGAUUGUAGAAGGCAAACAGGGAAGACGCCAUGAGUGUUAGGUUGGAGGGUUGCUGGUGGGGGGGCGAGGGGCCAGGCCCACCAGCUCUCCAGCUGUGGCCUGCCCCUCCCCCCCAAGACUGACUUCUGCAGGCUCUCCUCCUCAGCUUGCUGGCUUCUCCAUUCAACACCGACACGCCCUAGGCUGGCAGAAAUGAUUAGGGAGAUUGGCCCGCCCCACUCUCAUGCAGGCCGCUGGCAGUCUGAUCUCAAAAACCAAAAGAUACAUGUCCUCACAUGCUAUUUCAAGAGGGUAGGAAGUUGGAAAGAGGGCAGGAUUUUAGGCUGUGGACUCUUCACCAAAGUCCUUUUCCAGAACACUGAAUGGCAUCCUUUUUCUCAAACCAAACAGCAGCAGAAUUAUCUCAUUGGAGGUGGGGUGAUUUCGGGGCCAGUUUGGGCUUUGGGACCUUCCCUGUGCUUUGCUUACAGCCUGGAGCAAAGAAACAUCUAUAGUUCUUGGGUGAAGAAGUUUGAAGACCUGUGCCCAAGGUCUAGAGGACCGCCCUCAAAUGCCCCUGGAAUGGCUAUCGUCAGCUCUGGCAGAGCCGACCAGCUAGAACACUCCAUGGCAUUUGUCUUAGAGCAAGAAAGGACAUCUGCAGCCCAGGACUUGGUGCUGUAACCACAUUGUUUUUGGUCCCUGGCGCGCCAAACUUUUCUUUGAUACCAAAUAAAAUGUUUUGGCCAACACUUAAUAGGUUUUAAAGGGAAAUUCCAAGUCUUUGUAUCAUUUUUAAGGUAUCAAUAUAGACUCCAGAAAAUGCUUUGGGAUUGCUGAAUGGACUGGCCAUUAGCAUCAUCUGAGGGGAAGUGUAGGGCCCUAGAAAUUGUAUGCUUGUAUCUAUAUCUCUAACUGGGCUGGCUUCAGUGAGAGUCUGCUUGGAGUCAGCAAAUGGAUUCCUUGAUGCUUGGUCUCUUUGAGCCUUACAAUCCUCCGGGAUGAGAUACCCAGAGAUGGCCUGGCCUAAGAGAGCCCGUCAGAGAUGUUAUUGGGAAAUCUGUCAUCUUGUAAAAUUUGAUCCUUGGGCGUUCCCUGAAGUGAAUUAUGCUGGUGACAACAUUCUGAGCAUCUGAGAAUCUCUCCUCCUGGCAGUCGGAUAGAUGACCAGGCAGGAAUGACUUCUACCACACCCCGUUUGGGGGUUGCCAUUGAAUUCACCUGGACUGCAGGAAAGACAGGUCUAUUUUAAAUACAGUCCAUGAUAAAAUGGCAAGUGUGGUGGAGGGAGACGAUGGGCAAAGGAGACAGUGGACCUCGGAGCUCUACUUCCUGCUGAAAAGCAUUAUCCCUUCUGUGCCUCAGUUUCUUAGACAACAACAACAAAAAGGUGCUAACAACCUGCUUCCUGUCACAGAGGGUUCUAAUGAGCACCAAUGAGGUCAUGGCUGUCCAAGUUCUCUGUGAGCAUCUCAGGACCCCUCGUGUUCGAUGGGUGAAGCCUGUUCUCUGGCAGUGAGGGUUGCAAAGAGGCGUGCUGGUGCCGAGCUGUGAGCUGCUCUGGAAUGUGCCUCAUUUAAAGGUUGUGCAAUCAGGUUUUUCUUAAAAUAUCUUAAAUCCCUCUGGCAGUCUGGUUUCUCGUUUAUAGCACUGGCGUGUUCCUCUUUGAAUGACCAUGGAGCAUCGAGAGAUGGGGGAUACCUUUACAAAAAUACAGCAGAAAGAGCAUGGUCGACCCAUUUGGCUUUGUCAUUGAAGAGCGAUUGUUGGUAGGUUUCUUUCUAGGGCCUGGAACCCUGAACGUUUUACUGCAAAAUGGCAUCUCUCGCUGCAUUUAACUCCGUAUCAUCCAUUGUUGAUUUUAUGAGAUUCUGUAGAUUUAAAUGUAAUGUUUUUUAACUGAAGACUAUAUGAAGCUUCCAUUAUAAAUUGGGUGGUAAAACUAAUCUUGCAGGAAGCACCCGAAGUGAUAAUGAUCCUGAAGCAGAAUUACGUUCAUUCUGGGGCCAGCAUUUUGCACAUGGGGAAAUAACCUUAAGAUGGAAUGAACUGCCUGAGCGGAGACCAAAUGCUCAACCACACUUCUGAUAGCCUUGAGCACCAACAAAUAGGUGUGAGUGGGAUUCCCACUGAGAAAUGCAUCUAACUGAAAAUGAACCACCUCCCCCUCCCAACAGUAAAUCCCGAGGCCAGAUUGCCAAGGUUACAACAGUGAAGUCAUUUACGGCCCCUAAAAAAAUCCCAGGUGUUUGCAACAUCAGCCACUAUUUUAAGUACCUUGCAAUGGUGACUACUUGGCAAGUUAAACCCUUGGAGUGUGAUUUCCGUUAGAUCUUCAAGCCACAACCAGGUGUGAUGCAACUAAGAGCUUUGCAUGAUUUAAAAAAAAAAAAAAAAAAGUUUUGCUCACUGCAGAGAGGAAUCAGAAUAAAGCGACGUACCCGAAAUCCUAACUGAUCCACGCAUACUUUGCUCAAGUUGAGGCUUCUCUUUUCACCUUGGGCUUAAUUUUUGUUUGUUUUGUAUAGAAAAGCCACAUCUCCAUGCUGGAACUCUGUCCAGAUGAUUUUCCCCCUGUAGCUGUCCAGCAGACAGAAAGCAUUUCAGCUUUCUUUGAAAUGAGAAUCCAAAUUGGGUUAUGACUAGGAUUUUAAAUUAUGGUGUGAAAUUGGAGGAGGCAAGCUGGUUCAGGGCAGUGUCCCAUAAUUCAUUCUGAUAAUCCCGAGGAGAUGACCUCCUUCACAGUACUGUGAAGGCCUGCCUUGAAAAAGCCGUUUCAGUAUGUAACUUCCUAGUGACAAGGCUGAUUAUUUAAGAAUUUCAGAGGUACUGUUUGAGAAAUAACUCACUGGAUAUGGAAAAUCUGAUGUAAUAACAAGAACAAGAAAUUUUUUUUUUUUAAUUUUCCUCUCUCGGAGCAUUUAGUCUUUCUUGGUGGGGGGCAUCAGGAUAUUUCCUUUUCAAGGCUGGAAAAGAUUGAUUAUAGUUCAUGUCUGAAAGCAAAGUCUCUCCCAAGCCCAGUGGAGUUGGAGGCAACUGAAAAUGACCCAUGUUAAUUUUCUGUGGCCCCACAGAAUCAAAGACCCGUCUUGUUUAUAUGUGUGGGCCAUAGCGGAUAAGCUCAAGGGCAUUGUCAAAAUACAAUGAAAAGGAAGCAAGUCAGGACAAGAAAACUCUCACUUUGAAUGUGAGAGAAAACAGCAGUCCUGCUUUCUCUGGCAAAGAUUUGUGUACUGUUAAGGGAAGAAUCAUGUUCUUUCUCAAGUAGGUUUUACUUUCUGAGACUGUGUGUGUGUGUGUGUGUGUGUGUGUGUGUGUGUGUGUGUGUGUGUCUGUGUUGGCUGAAAGGGGGAGUGGGGCCAGUUAGGAAGUACUUAUGAUUAUGUGUUUAGACCUUCUCUUGAGCAUAGUAAAAGCUCUGCUCAGUUUCUCAAAAUGUGACACUAAAAUUAGGGGUGGAGAGGAAUUCAGGAUCCAUGUUCCUGUAUGUGGUAAAGUUUUACCCAAAUAUUUCCUUCAGGAGCUUUUAAUCACAGGAAACCAAAUCAAUUUCCUGUCUAUAAUCAGUAUCAGGAAAAAGAAGUCAGUAGGCAAUUUCUGCAGCCCCUCAUGCUAUAUCCAUUUGUAGCCUUCUUUUCUAAUAGCUGGGGGUCAUUGAAUCACAUGAGGGAAUGUGCUAGUAGGGACUGAAUGGAAAGAUAGUUUGGAUGAGCUUCCCCACCAGUAUUAUGGCAAUGCAUUAACUCUGUCCUGCAAGAAAACUAGGGUCACUCCAGGUCUACUUUCAUUUAAAAUGGCAUAAAAAGGGAAGCUUGAAACAUCUUUGGGGAGCUGCCAUCUAUAGUCAGCCUCUGCUCAAAGAGUUUUCACUUUGAUGAAGGCACAGUUCAGUGAUUCCUGGAUAUCUGUUUUCAGCACCAGGGACAGCAAACACCUCCCUCCAUUGAAGCAAGGCCUUCUGUCCUGAUUGGCCUUCUAGGCAAGGGUCGGUUUUUCCUUUCCUUCUUAUCCAUUCAGGCUUCAACUUGUAAGACUUUAUUCUUAAGUUCCGGUGCUUACAUCUUUUAUUUUUUUCUGAGCCUAGUGGCUUAGCUGUUUCUGUCACAUUCUCAACUUGCUAACAAAAGAUGGGGGUUGGACUAACACAGCUAGGUCUCCUGGCUCAGAGGAGUGGAAAGAAAGACACUUAGAUGUGAAUGGAGGGCACGCUUUGGCAGAGGAAGCCCCUGCAGAAAAUCUUCACAUGGCGCCGUUGACUUGUAAAGUCCCACAAGGGGGACUGAUGUUGGCGAUUGCUUCCUUUAAAAAAUGUCUGUGCAGUUCCCAUGAUGUAUGAGUCUAUGUUUCAUUCCGUGUGCGUUGCAGGCAAUCUUUCACAAGAGCUGAACAGAAGCUAUGAGCUUUGGGGACAGAAAAGGGGGCAGGAAUGCUGUUGGUAGGCUAAGCCACUCAAGGAGGGGCACUGCUUUGAAUGCUGGCAGCCACCCUUCAGUCCUGAGUCCUGUUCAGCAGCUAACUUUGCCUUUAACACUGCAAAUGGGCUCCUUGAAGCCUUCAUCCGGCCAGACUGAAGGGGUGCCCUGGGAAAAUGAGCAUAACAGAAGCAAAUGUUUUCACUUUGUCUUGUGAUUGGCCAGCUGUCAUUGAGCACAAUAGUGCACAGAUUCUCUUAGAGGUAGCAUUGUCUUCUCUCAACUAAUCAGCUGUGUCCUUCUCACUUUUGUCAGGAUGGCCCCAGGGCUGGGAAAGCAAGACAGUCACUGAAGGUUUCAUCUUAAAUACUGUCUUCUAUUUCACAGAUGUUAAAUAAACUCCAUUUCAAUUGCUUCUGGAGCAUCCAAGGCUCUGAACAGUCCCCCAUACCCUCUCUUCUACUGCCCCCCAACCUUCAGUGUUGCUUAUCAUAAUUCAUAACAUUUAGUGCUCUAUGACCAUAAGAGCUUCUUUUUAGGGUAAAUCAAGUGGUAGGUAGCAGCAGGCUAGAGCCAGAUCUCAUAGGAGCAAGUUCAAUGAAAUUGUGAUUUUUAACCUUGCAGUGGGUCUGAGGAGAAGCCAUCGUUCCCCUCUAUCCUUGUCCUCUUGAGGGUGUCCCGUUCCAGUGCUCACACUUGCCAUGCCAGGAGUUCCUCUAGAUUAUUUUUGUGACAACUAGGGGAGAGCAGGUUCAAACAUUCUCUCUUUGAGUCCUUUAGGAUGGAGGAGUUUUGUUUUAUAUUGAAAUCAAGGAACAAUCUUAGUUUAGAAAGAAUGUGUAAAUGGAAGACCAAAAGCUAUAGGAAAGCUCAAUAAGAGAAGUUUUCUUUCCUUAGAACAGAGAGGAAGGGGCUUCAGAUUGACUGGUGGGAAAAGAUGACCCAAUGGCCAGGGAGGAAUGUGGUCUGAGACUGGAGAUACAGAAGCAGACGUCUUUAGAUGUAGAGGUAAUGCCAAUGAGAGCCUCAAGAGGGAACAGGCCAGAGAAUAAAAUUGAUGGAGGUUCUCAGUACUUUUUCUGGAAAAUUCCUGCAACAUUCAAGGGCACUUCUAGCCCUCUGCCUACUUGGAGGUGAGCUCAGUGCUCCUUCUGGGUUCUUAAGGCAAAUGCCCUACAAACACCAAAGUCUUGUAUUUUCCACUGUCAGUCAACACUGGCUGUCUCGAGUGGGAUUAUUUCCCCCUUCCCUAUUGUGAAAGGGACUUGUUUUCAGGAGAAGUGUCCUUUAAACAUCCAGCUAAAACUGGAGGUAAUUUUUUGCAUGAAUGGCUUUUUACAGCUAGGUCUAAAGCAGAACAAAACUUGUAUUAAACUAAGUGCUACUUUACAUAUCUUAUUUCAAGGGAAAUGAAGGAUUUAUUGCCGUGUAAAUGAUGUACACUGAUUUGUUUCCUACUGGACAUUACAUGUCCCUUUAUCUUUAGGCUGAUGUUGUGCAGCAAACUUUCAAUAUCUGGAAAAUCAGCUGGUACCUACUUUAGUGCACUAUUAGGGUGUUAUAUUCUCAGAGAAGAAUUUUGCAAAUGAAGUUUGGGUGCUUCUAUAGCUGAUUUUCACCCCUGUCCCUAAGCUUUCUGUACUAAAUAUAUGUAAAGUGAUUAUAUCUUGUCUGAUCCCAUGUGUUUGUGUGUGUUUCCAAUGUUUAUAUAAAUAUAUUGGCCAUCUGAAACACUACUUGGAUUAUGGCAACUGCUGAACAAUGGUGUACAUGGCAUGAGGACAUAUGGUACAUGCACACUCUUGUUCUGAGGUCAAGCUAAUCUUACAGAGUUUAGGGGGGGAAAUGUGGCAUGGCUUGGGAAAUCUUCAACAGUGGCUAUUUAUAGCCAAGCCAUGAUUCAUGGUGGAGACCUUGACAGUGGCAGAGCUGAGGUGUGCUCAUCUGGACUUUACGUCAUUUAUUUUAAUCUCAGUGGAUUGUUCCUUAGUCCUGUUUAAUGACUUAGAAAUAUUCCAUCAUGCUCCUUGUUUUACCCCCCACCCAGCCACUAGAAAGCACUGAUCAUGCUUGUUUCCCAUCAUUUGGAUCCCAAAGUUGUUAACUUAAAAUGGGUGGCUGAGGUUUUAGUACACUGGGUUUUACUAAUAGUAAUCCCUUCCAUGAGGUACUAUUUUUUCCAUUCUUUUCCUUUGUGACAAAUAAAUCCAUUGGCUGUACUAAGUUUAUUUGCAUCCGAGCAAGUCUUAGAGAAUCAAUUUAGUUAAAAUGAUCGUAUUUGCCUUCAGAAAAGAGGCUCAUGGUCUAAAUAUAAUUCUUAUGUAAAGUUGUCUUUUAUGGAAAAAUAAAUAUGGAUUCUAACCUGGUAAGAUGGCCCCGGGGUAGGGGGAUGUGUUCUCAGUUGAUAUUAAGGGGCGUGUUAAAAAGGCAAGUGCCCUCCCUUUCUCAAUUCCCCAACCCACCCUGCUUUCCUCCCCAACCUCAAAAGAAAACAGAAAAUUAUUUUUUUAAAUUGUAUUAAUAAUUUAUGUUUAAUACAAAAGGAUGAUUUAAUGGUAUCACCAAAGGUCAUUUCUCCCAUUGUGCAUGUCCUUCACUCAGCCCCAUACCCAUCACCCCAUUCUUCACCCUCAUGCUUCCAUCCCAAGGCAAACAUGUGUCUCCAUUGGAAUCCAUCAGUGUUGAAGUUAAAUGUGGGGGCGGAGAUUUAACACCAUGACAUUAAUGAAAACCAACCAUUCUUCACUUUCAAAUGGUUAAUUGCUACAAGAAGGCAAACUCUUCUCUUGGUUUUUGCUUAAAAACAUUUUAUACAUAUAUAUGUAUAUAUGUGUGUGUAUGUAUGGACAUAUGUAUGUAUAUGCACAUGUACAUGUAUAUAUGUAUAUAUCCAUUUCCAAUAUAAAUAUAUCAUAUGUGAGAGUUGUAAAUACUUCUUGGUCAUAUGUCUGUCUUCCUCAUGGUAUCAUAUCUUCAAUGUUACGUUAACGACUCCAUUUAUCGAUUGAUGAAAUCGUGUGUAGACCUGUAUCCUCCUGACAUAGUUUAUGUAGGGUCUCUUCUCAAAUAAAGUAUAAAACAUGAA